UAUUCGCGCGUUUGGAGAGAGUUGGCGCGCCUUGUAAGCUUGGCACAACAGACACUUUGCGUAGGAACACAGUGUCAGCGAACAUUAACUUUAACAUUUUGUCCUUUCACCAUUAAUAUUUACAGAAAACAUGGAUGUUGUUCUAACAGAGGGAGCAAUAGAGGCUCUGACUAAAGGCCAAGAUGUCAGCAGCCCAGUUUUGCAGUUGGUGAAUAUUCGCAAAAUCGAUGGAGGGAAUGGACCGGCCCGCUUCCGCCUCAUGAUGAGCGAUGGACUGCACACUAUGUCCUCUUUUAUGCUCUCAACACAGCUCAACCCAAUGGCAGAACAGAACCAGCUGGCGCCCAACUGUGUGUGUUUGCUGAAGAAAAGUGUGACCAACGUGCUCAAAGAUGGACGACGUGUCGUGGUGGUCCUAGAUGUAGAAAUCAUAAAAAUGGCCGAGGAGGUUGAUGGUAAAAUUGGUGAACCCACCCCCUAUGUUGAAGGUCAGGCAAAGGCCCCACAGUCCGCAGUGCCUACCCCUCCUGUCCGCCCUUUGCAGUCCCAGAAUGGAACUGAUGGUAUGAACAAGGGCUCAAACAAAUCUGCAUUUGGCAAAAAGCCACUGGUUGCACCCAAUACACCAGGAGGCACAUCCAAAAUUGCCCCCAUUGCCAGCCUGAACCCAUAUCAGUCCAAGUGGACUAUUCGAGCUCGGGUUACUAACAAGAGUGGUGUCCGUACAUGGAGUAACUCGCGAGGGGAGGGAAAGUUGUUCUCCAUGGACUUGGUAGAUGAAAGUGGAGAGAUUCGAGUGACUGGAUUCAAUCAGGAGGUGGACAAAUUCUACACGCUGGUUGAGCAGGGCAAGGUCUACUACAUCUCCAAGGGCUCGCUGAAGAUGGCCAAUAAGCAGUACUCGACCUUGAAGAAUGACUAUGAAAUGACGUUGAAUGGUGACUCCUCUGUUAUCCCUUGCGAGGACAGCCACGAUGUGCCCACCUUGCAGUGCAACUUCGUGCCUAUCGGAGACCUGGAGGCGCAUGACAAGGAUGCUAUCGUAGAUGUGAUCGGUGUAGUCAAGACCGUGGAGGACGUGACUCGCAUCACCACCAAAAACAGCCGUGAGGUGUCCAAGAGGAACGUCCACCUGAUGGACAUGUCUGCCCGAGUCAUCACCCUCACCAUGUGGGGAGCUGAGGCAGAGACGUUUGAUGGCAGUGGGCAGCCCAUCCUGGCCAUCAAAGGGGCACGUCUCUCAGAUUUUGGUGGCCGCUCUCUCAGUACCCUUUUUAGCAGCGUGGUCAUGGUGAACCCAGACUUGCCAGAGGCCUACAAGCUGCGUGGCUGGUAUGAUAAGGAGGGCCAUACGAUGGAUGGGCAGUCCAUGACUGAACUGAGGGGAGGUGGUGGCGGUGGAGGCAACACCAACUGGAAGACCCUGGCAGACGUCAAGAAUGAGCACCUGGGUCACGGAGAGAAGGCUGACUACUUUAGCUGCAUUGGGACGGUGGUGCACCUGCGUAAGGAGAACUGCCUGUACCAGGCCUGCGCCAGCAAAGACUGCAACAAGAAGGUGGUGGACCAGCAGAAUGGCAUGUACCGCUGUGAGAAGUGCGACAAGGAGUUCCCUGAGUUUAAGUACCGCCUCAUGCUGUCGGCCAACAUAGCCGACUUUGGGGAUAACCAGUGGGUGACGUGCUUUCAAGACACAGCUGAAGCCAUCCUGGGCCAGAACGCUGCAUACGUUGGGCAGCUCAAGGACUCGAAUGAAGCGGCUUUUGAUGAGAUCUUUCAGCAAGCCAACUUCAACACUUUUGUCCUCCGCAACCGAGUAAAGCUGGAGACGUACAAUGAUGAGUCACGCAUCAAGGUGACUGUGAUGGACGCCAAGCCUGUGGACCACAAGGAGUACAGCAAGCGGCUGAUCAUGAACAUCAGGAAGCUGGCUGUCCAGUAGAAAAGAGCCCCAUCCUGGCUGUGUCUCAGCAUCUCCCCUGCCUGCCCCUCCCCACUUCCACCAUUACAGCCACACUCUCAGCAGCACUUCUCUGGUGCCAUGUACCCUUUCUACUCUACAGAUGGAUAUAUGUUGUAGCUUUUAUUUAGUUGUAUUUGUUUUGGCAGUGCGGAGUCCUUCAGGUCUUAAUUGGCUAGAUUUGACCGUGCCUAAUUUUGGUUUUGCUCUGUGUGGCCAGCCUCCUGUGUUCAGCUCUUAGAACAGUCGGUGGAGUCAUUUAGAAUGUGCAGCCGUCCCCCUUGGCUCUGCUGGUCGUAGGAAAAGCAAAUGGUUUUCUCUUUUGGGAAACUGCUGACGAUUCUUUUUUUUUUUUUUCUUUUAUCGUGGCAGAUAGAAAAACUGGGGGAAAGGGGGGAUUUUAUGGAGAGAGAGAGAAGAUGGGUGGAUGUGUGAGAUUCGAGGGAGGCAGAAGGUAGGGCUGGUUUGAGAGCGAGUGAGAAAGCAAUGUAGGCAAGGGCCUACACUGUAGAACCGGGGAUGGAUGGGUGUGGUGUGUGUGUGUGUGUGUGUGUGUGUGUGAACCUGAGGUUUGCCAGCGGACGUGUGCUUGUGUGUGGUGCAGGUGGGAGGAAGUACAUGCGGGCGGGACUUAGUGCAGGAGUGUCGUUCAGCAGUCAGUCAGUCUGUCUCCAUGUGAAUGCCCUGGACCUGCACCAACCAGAUAAGCCCACUUAUUCAGCCUGUCUCUUUCACUCUCUCACACACACACACACACACACACACACACACACACACACACACACACACACACAACCUUCAUUCAGGCUUACUCACUCAUACACAAAGACACACACGCACCCCCCACACACACACACACACACACAUUAUUGAUAUUGACAUACAUAUACAUGUUAGUACUAAAAGAAGCUACCCAGAAUAUUGCAUAAUUUAUGUAGGUAGCUUUUUGUUUUGUUUUUGUUUUUUUCCUGUAUAUGUCCAGAACAUGUUGGAUUAAAAAAAAAAAAAAAAAAAAAAAAAAAAAAUAAAAUAGUAAAA